GUUAAAUUCUAUGGAUUGAUGUGAAACCAACGAUGCCCAAUGAGCCCAACAAUAUAACGGCCCAUCAAAAUGGCCAUUUAGGGUUACUUCUCCGGCACUUCCCGCUACGACGAACGUCGCCACAGCACCAAGAGCAGCCAUGGUUCUCAAGACGGAGCUGUGCCGUUUCAGUGGAGCUAAGAUAUACCCUGGGAGGGGCAUCAGAUUUGUUCGUUCGGAUUCUCAGGUGUUCCUGUUUGCCAAUUCAAAAUGCAAAAGGUACUUCCACAACCGGUUGAAGCCAUCGAAACUUACUUGGACAGCCAUGUACAGGAAGCAGCAUAAGAAGGAUAUUGCUGCAGAAGCUGUAAAAAAGAGGCGACGCACCAAUAAGAAGCCGUACUCUAGGUCCAUAGUGGGUGCUACCUUGGAGGUUAUCCAAAAGAAAAGGUCUGAGAAACCUGAAGUUCGAGAUGCUGCGAGAGAGGCUGCCCUUCGUGAAAUUAAGGAAAGGAUUAAGAAAACGAAGGAUGAAAAGAAGGCAAAGAAGGCAGAAGUGAUGGCCAAGACACAAAAGUCACAGGGCAAGGGUAAUUUUCCCAAGGGUGCUGCCCCGAAGGGUCCUAAGAUUGGAGGUGGUGGUGGUAAGCGUUGAGUGGUGGGCUUCCGUUCAUUUCAUUGCGUAGUGUGAUAGUAGCGAAGUUUGUUCACCUGGAAGGCAUUUUAUGGAGAAUAUGGACUGAUUGGUAUUGUUAGCCAAAAGAUUUUGUUCACCAAAUAUCUGGCAGUUGGGAGAAGUUAAGCUAUUUAUAUGACUCAAAUGAAUUCUUGUAAUUCUUCAGCAGAUUUAAAUUAGGUUUUUUUAAUGGCAGCUAGUCAAUUUAAACGAUUUAUAGCUCUUAAUUGGAUUAUUCAGUUAAUUGCACGUUGUUUUGGGUGGCGCAAUAUUAUCAGAGAAGUUUCCCUUUUUGGUUA